AUGUCUUUCUUGCGGGCUGCCUGCAUGGAUCCUUUCCUGGCUUCACUUCCCAGAACCUCUACUGUUAGAAUCGUAUUUCGCCAUGUGAGGGAAUUUAUAGCUAAGUCUUUAUCCUCAUCGUCGUCCUGCAGUGACACUAAUACAAUACCGACUAGAAGAUGCUGGACGUACGAUGUGUUCCUAAACUUUCAUGGGAAAGACACAAGAAACAACUUUGUAAGCCAUCUGUAUGCUGCUUUGGAGCAGGCCGGAUCACGCACAUUUAAGGAUGACAAGAAGCUUCCCAAAGGGAAACCCAUUUCCUUGGAACUUAUGAAAGCUAUUCAAGAGUCAAGGAUACAUGUGGUCAUCCUCUCUAAACACUAUGCCAACUCUACUUGGUGUUUGGAUGAACUUGCCGAGAUCAUCAUCGGCGGCCAUCAUUGUCAAAACAAUGCUACGCCGGUUAGACAAAAGGUUCUACCGGUUUUUUACCACGUGGAUCCAUCUGAUGUCCGUGAUCAGAAGGGAACUUUUCAUGCAGCAUUCAAGAGGCACCAAGUGAAAUACAAAAAUGAUGUGGAAAAGGUGAAGAGAUGGAGGAAAGCUUUACAGAUGGCCGCAGAUAUAUCAGGAUGGCAUGUUUCCAAAACAGCCAGUGGGUACGUAAUUCAUCAAUUCGUUCCCCCUCCCUUUGCUGGACAUCCCAAUUCGGCAUAA